ACCCAAUUUGAAGCAGCAAUAAAACCACAAACUCCAGCAACAUAGAAAACAAAAUCUACCCAAAACAGAACUCCAACUCGCAGCACACACAAUUUCGAAUAACAAAUUCAAAUUUUAGCGCCACAGCGCACAGAUUAUGCAACACUAGGCAGCCGCGAGCCAGUGCAUCCCUGGUUCCAGCCACAUUGCAACACUGUAGGACUGUCAGCUGUCAACUUUUCAGCGCUGGUGUCCGUGUGUGUGUGUGUACGUGCGUGCGUGUGUGUUGCAGCCCAAAAAUUCGCGUUUUAAACUCAAAAUUGCAAUUGUUAAUUGUUAGCUAAAUAUUUAAAGCAAUUGAGCGACGGCCGGCAGCACAGGAAAGCUCAGCCGAGCAGCGACGCGUCAGGGAAACCCGCAAUAGGGCCAGCGCCAGCGCCAGGGCUAAAACGCCAUCGAAUCGCGUUCUGUGUGCGGCGUGCGGUGUGUGUUUUGUGUUUUAUUUUUGGAAUUAAAUACGGCAGCAGGCAGGCAGCCCCGCGAUCCGAUCCGAUCCGAUCCGAGCCCGUGAGCAGCAUAAAGCAGCGCAGCGCAGCGGAGCAACGGGAAAAAGUGUGCCGCCGCGGCCGGAUUUCACAGCAAGGUAGCAAUAAUAGACGCGCGCGGUGCCUUGGAUUUCUACGGCUCCACCGUGGAGAACUUUUACCUGAGAAUGGACCCGACGCGAGGUGACUCGCGCUACAACCUAAACUACUCGAUGAGUAGUAUAGGCCUCAGCCUCGCCGACCAGGCCGAUAUGUACGGCAAUCCGGCGGUGGCAGCCCUCGGCGCACGUCCGCCCAGCGGCGGGCUCCUACAGAGCAUGGGCGGUGGCGGAGGUGUGCCCAUGCAGCGGCCAAAUCCCACAGGCGGAGCAGCACCCUCGCAAUGCCAGACGCUGGGCAACAGCCAGACCCAUCACAGUCCCCAGCAUGCCGCACAGCAGCAGCAGCAACAACAGCAGCAACAACAGCAGCAGCAGCAGCAGCAACAGCAGCAGCAACAACAACAGCAACAGCAGCAUCGCGCACUGAAGCGCUCCGGCAGCGACUGCUACGAGGAUCAUCAUCGCUCGGCUGCUGGCGGUGGGUUGACGCUUCAGGGCCUGGACAAUUGUGGCGCUGGCGGUAGUGUGGCCAGCGCCGGCGGCGGCGGCGGCGUCGACGACAAUGUGGACGGAUACAAUCCGCUGCCCAAUAAGAAAUCACCGCCCGCCAACGGCAAGAAGACAAAGGGACGUGUCAAAAUCAAAAUGGAAUACAUUGACAACAAGCUGCGUCGCUACACGACCUUCUCCAAGCGCAAGACGGGCAUCAUGAAGAAGGCCUACGAGCUGUCGACGCUGACUGGGACACAGGUAAUGCUGCUGGUUGCCAGCGAGACGGGUCACGUCUACACAUUUGCCACGCGCAAGCUGCAGCCGAUGAUCACCUCGGAGGCGGGCAAACAGCUCAUACAGACCUGCCUCAACUCGCCGGAUCCGCCCAGUGUGGGCGGCGGGGACCAGCGCAUGUCGGCCACGGGCUUCGAGGAGACGGAGCUCAGCUACAACAUCGCCGAUGAGGACUCCAAAGAUGAUAGAUCGCCAACAUCGUCGGGCAAUGAGUCGGACGAUUCGUCGGAUGUGGAAAUGCCCGCUGAAGUCACCGAGGUGCAGCCAGCCAGUCAGGAUGCCAGCAAAACAGAGGCAGCUGCAACGGCAACGGCAACCGCAACGGCAACUGCAGCACCGGCAACAUCGGUGGCCGGCUCCAAGCCAAUGCCCCCACUAAACUAUCAGACUGAGAGCGGUCCGUCGACGUCCGCGGCAGCAACUGCCGGAGCAUCGUCAGCGGAUAGCAAAUAUGUCUAUCCGGCCGCGUCCUUUGCCAACAUACCGCCAAAAGUGCUGAGGCAACUGAUACAAACAGGACACUUGCAGCUACACGCUGAAGAGGAUGGCAACCAAUAUGUGACAAUACCGCUCAGCUCCACGGCAGCCAGCCUGAUCAAGGGCAAUAAAUUAACGGCCACAACGUCCAAUCCUGGAGGAGGAGCUGGAGGCGGCGGCGGGGGAGCUUCAUCCACUGCUGUCAAGUCGGAACAAACACCCGAGAAGGCAGCGCUGAUCAUUAAACAGGAAUAUGACUAGCAUCCCGCUACGAUCGACCACACUGCUUGCCCAACACUGAACAUAGCGUUUAUCAGCACUGGCACCAGCAGCAGCAGCAGCAUUAGGGUUCUGCGCCAAGUCUAUCUAAAGUCUAUUUCACGUUCGCCUGCUUACUCUAAGUCAAACUAUUACUACUACAAGUAUAUUCAUAAACUAUUUUUAUACCUAUACAAAAAGAA